AUGCCAGUACCCGCACCAACGACUACGGUCGUUGAUGGCUUCAAACUGCCUAGCCAAUUCACCCAAACCGCCUCCAAACUCGUCUUCACCGUCAACAACAUCCGCUUCCAGCUUUCCCCAGCCAAAGGUGAUGAUCUUGACCUUACGCUCCUCGAAUUCAUUAGAAGCAAAGGCUUCACCGGAACCAAACUCGGAUGCGGUGAAGGCGGCUGUGGUGCCUGUACUGUCGUUGUUGGCAAGUACGACACCCAUCUUGCCACCUCGUCAUCUUCCUCGUCCUCCAAAGCUCCAUACAGAUACAAGUCGGUCAAUGCAUGCUUGCUCCCACUCGUCGCAGUGCAUGGCUGCCACGUCCUCACAGUAGAAGGCAUCGGCUCGUCGUCCAACCCUCAUCCGAUCCAAGAGCGCAUCGGAAAGCUGUUUGGCUCGCAAUGCGGUUUCUGCACUCCUGGUAUCGUCAUGUCGCUCUAUGCUACCGUUCGAAACGGCUAUGGCCACCUUACCGAACAAGACAUCGAGCAUUCACUCGAUGGCUGUCUCUGCCGCUGCACAGGUUAUCGUCCCAUUCUUGAUGCUGCCAAGUCCUUUGCUACCGUCAAAAGCACCAAAAUCGGCUCGAGCUCCUCCUCAAGCAACGUCUACAGCGAUGACUCGGACGACGCAGAGCCUACAACGCCUCCCGAGGCCGAUCUCAUCACAAGAACACCCUGUGCCAAGGGCGCCGACUGCUGCAUGGUCAACGGCAAGUCCAAAGGCUGCACACCCAGCACAACUUCCACUGCCCCAGGCAUCUCCACCACCGCACAUGCGAUUCAGAAGGUGCUUGACCCUACCCAAUUCAAACCCUACGAUGCGGCCUCCGAGCUCAUCUUCCCUUCCUACCUCGCCAAGGACACGUUUGACUCGCAAGACCUCGUCUUUAUCGAGCAGCCCCCACAGUUGGACGAUCUCGAGAGCGAGAGUGAGAGCGAGACCGUUGCAGCAAAAUCCGACUCGACACGACAGGUAUGGCUUCGACCGGGCUCUCUCCAAUCGCUCAUUGACUGCAUGAAGCUCUACGGUCUCGAUGCUGGCGGAAAAAUUCGCAGUGGUAACACCGAAACUGGUAUCGAGGUCAAGUUCAAGCAUCUCAAGUACAGUGUCUCGAUCUUUGUCUCGGACCACAUCAAGGACCUUGCCUUCUAUCGCUCGGAUGAGCGUGGUAUCACCGUCGGCGCUAAUCUGAGUCUGACCGACCUCGUCCGCCAGCUCAAGGCCGAACGUCCCUCCUCAGCCUAUGCUCAGCAGGUCAAGCGUUCCAUCCUCGACAACCUCGCCUACUUUGCCUCGAACCAGAUCCGAAAUGUGGCAACCCUGGCGGGUAACAUUGCCACGGCGUCACCCAUCUCAGAUCUCAACCCUGUCUGGGUGGCUACCGGUGCCGAGCUCUUCUAUGUCGACACUACUUCGUCUCAAGAGAAGAGCGUCAACAUGCGCAGUUUCUUUCUGGGCUACCGCAAGACUGCUUUGCCUGCAGGCGCCGUCAUCACCAAGCUCUUUGUUCCUUGGUCCGAUGACGCUGGCAGCGUGGUUCAGGCCUUCAAGCAGUCGAAGCGCAAGGAUGAUGACAUUGCCAUCGUCAAUGCCUGUCUUCGAGUCUCUGUUCGCGAGGACAAAAUUAUUGAUGCGACACUGGCAUUUGGCGGUAUGGGCCCAACUACCAUGCAGAGUGUAGAAGUGCAAAGGUUUCUGCAGGGCAGGCAGUUUAGCGCCCCAGAGACCCUAGCCGAAGCAUUGCAGAUUUUGGCAAAGCAGGACUUCCCACUUUCGUAUGGUGUGCCUGGUGGCAUGCCCAUUUUCCGCAAGACGCUUGCACUCGGUUUCCUGACCCGCUUCUGGGGUCUUGCGGCGCCUCGUCUCGGUCUGCCGAAGCUGGCAACGGCUCUCGAGUUGCUGCCGGACCUCGAGGAGCUUGCGACCAGCACUGUAGAACGACCUACCACUACUGGACAGCAAGAUCUCGAGAACGUCGCCAUCAAACAGCCUGUCGGCGACUCGAUUCCACAUCUCUCGGCCAUGAAGCAGGUGACGGGUGAAGCCGUCUACAUUGACGAUCUGCCUCCCGUCGCCAACGAGCUUCAUGCCGGCUUUGUCCUGUCUCAGCGUGCCCAUGCCGUACUGAAGAAGGUUGAUGCGAGCGAGGCGCUUCAGAUGCCCGGUGUCGUCGACUUUAUCACCUACAAGGACAUUCCCGAAGGUGGUAGCAACAUCUGGAACCCGCCGUCCAUGGAUGAGACGUUCUUUGCCGAAGAUAAAGUCUACACUGUGGGUCAGAUUAUCGGUCUCAUUGUCGCCGAUACCAAACGCCAUGCCCAAGCUGCAGCACACAAGGUCAAGAUCGAGUACCAAGACUUGCCGCACAUCUUGACGAUCGAAGAGGCGAUUGCGGCCGGAAGCUUCUUCAAGCCUCGUCCCGUCAUCCAUCACGGAGACUCUUCGGAAGAAAGCUGGUCGCAGUACGAUCAUGUACUCGAAGGCGAGACACGUAUGGGAGGCCAAGAGCAUUUCUACCUCGAGACGAACGCAUGUCUGGUGAUUCCAGGCAAAGAAGAUUCCGAGAUCGAGGUGAUUUCUUCGACGCAGAACCCCUCGGAGACGCAAAUCUUUUGCGCCUCGAUUCUGGGUAUCCCGAACAACCGUGUGGUGACGCGUGUCAAGCGAAUGGGUGGAGGCUUUGGUGGAAAGGAAUCGCGUACGAUCGCAUUUGCAGCACCGCUCACGUUGGCAGCCAAGAAACUCGGACGUCCCGUGCGUGUUAUGCUGGACCGUGACGAAGACAUGCUCACCACCGGUCAGCGACAUCCUUUCCUGUGCAAGUGGAAACUCGGCUUCAACUCUUCCGGAAAGCUCGAGCGUCUGGACGCCAAGGUGUACAACAAUGGUGGCUGGAGUCAAGACCUUUCGCAGGCAGUGCUCGAGCGUGCCAUGUUCCACAUCGACAACUGCUACAACAUCCCUCAUAUCCACGUCGAGGGAUUCAUCUGCAAGACCAACACCAUGUCCAAUACGGCGUUUAGAGGAUUUGGUGGUCCUCAAGGCAUGUUUUUCACCGAAGACUUUGUCAGCAAAGCGGCAGCGGUGAUUGGGAUGCGACCCGAGACAAUGCGCGAAAUGAAUCUGUACAAGGAGAACGACAAGACGCACUUCCGGCAAAAGCUGAUCGAUUGGAACGUGCCCACGCUUUGGGAACAGUUGAAAUCGUCUGGUGACUUGGAGGCGAGGAGUAGAGCGGUGGACGAGUUCAACUCGACGCACCGAUACAAGAAGAGAGGUAUUGCUAUGAUCCCGACCAAGUUCGGUAUUUCAUUCACCGCGAUUUUCCUGAAUCAGGCGUACGGUGUGGUGCACGUGUAUCAUCACGAUGGCAGUGUCCUCUUUUCUCACGGUGGAACCGAGAUGGGUCAAGGCUUGCAUACUAAGAUGGCGCAGGUGGUGGCUACGGAGCUCGAGAUUCCCGUCUCAAUGGUACAUCUGACCGAGACCAACACGUCACAGGCGUCCAACACGUCGGCUACCGCUGCAUCGGCUUCGUCUGAUCUCAACGGAAUGGCGCUCAAGGAUGCGUGUGUGCAGAUUAACGAGUCCAUCGCUCCAUUCCGCGCGGAUGCUGCUGCCAAAGGCUUGGCAGGCGUGGAGGCGUGGAAGGAUGCUAUUCACGCCGCCUACUUUAAUCGCGUACAGCUGUCUGCGAUUGGUCAUUACCGCACACCGGGAAUCGGGUACAAUUGGACCAACGGCACAGGUACGCCGUUCUACUACUUUACUCAGGGCGUGGCGAUCUCGGAGGUGGAAUUGGACACGAUCACGGGCGAUCACCGUAUCGUGCGUGCGGACGUCCACAUGGAUAUUGGUCGAUCGAUCAACCCUUCGAUCGACGUGGGUCAGAUCGAAGGGGCUUUCACGCAAGGAUUUGGUCUCUUCACAAUGGAGGAAACGCUGUAUUUGAACAACGGACAGCUUGCGACGCGUGGGCCGGGUAACUACAAGAUCCCGGCGUUCCUGGAUACGCCUACGGACAUGCGCGUGUCGUUCCUCAAGGUCCAAGAUGCGAAUGACGCCAAGGUGGCCAAGCAUAAUAAGCACCUAGGUACAAUUCAGAGUAGUAAGGGCAUCGGCGAACCACCGUUGUUCUUGGGCAGCUCGGUGUUCUUUGCGCUGCGUCAUGCGAUUGGAGCGGCUAGAGCGCAGUAUGGUGGAGAUGGAAGCAAGGAUGGUUUCCAUCUGGUGGCACCCGCGACGGCUGAGAGGAUCAGGGUUGCGAUCAACGAUCCUCUUGUCAGGUUGGCGCACGAGUCUACGCCGAGGACGGAUGCGGAAAAGCCGUUCUUCGUCAGCAUUUCAUAG